AUGUGUAACUUGGAUGAUGAGAUAUUUGACAACAAAACCAUCACGGUUAAUGAAUACGGCCAAAAUGCAACAUCUGAUACAGACAUACACCAGUUUAAGAAUAAAAACAUCUCAACCACUGAUAAAGUACAGAAUAACGGCUUAAUAUAUACUGAUAACAUCGAAUUAGCACACAUUCCGCCACAAUAUAACCAAACUGACGAUAUAAACUUGGUAUGUCAAUCAUGGAAAGAUUAUUUACGCAAAAAACAUCUUGAUUCCAAGUUAAGCGAUGGAUAUAUAUUACGGAUUAAUGAAAUGAUAAGGCAAAUUAGCCUAAUAGCAUGGCUUUGUCACUUGAAAUUUUUAUCCGAUAUUUGUGACCAUCCCCUCACUAGAGCGGCUACACUAUCUAUUUAUUUAUUGAACAAUAAUGAAAGUAGCCCAAAAUUAUUGUUUGAAUUUGUUUGUAGAAACUUCUAUAUCUCAAAGGGCUAUGAUAUUUGGUGCCUAAACGAAUUAAAUACUAGGUAUAUAAAGGGUGCACUUUUACUCAAAAUUUUCAGAUGUAUAUACUUCAAAAAGGCGCCGGUAAUUAUAGCAACAAUUAUUUUUGUUACUCUGUGCCGCUCAUUUGGAUAUUUUUGCCGCAUUAUACUGGACAUACCCAAAACGCACAUUGAGCCAACCAAAAUCAAGAACAAACAAAUUAAUACACUUUCACAAGUGUAUGAUCCCAUAACCCAAUCGUGGAUCUUGGCAAAUUUCAAAUACCUUUCAUUUGGUGACUAUCAGUAUGAAGUUAUAAAAAAGCCAAGACAUUCGAAUUUGUACAACACAGUCAAUUUAGAUAACGACACUAAUUGCGUAAAAAAAAACAUUGCAAAAUUAGUUUACAAUAAUGAAAUAUAUAUCUUCAAGCCUGAAAAGAUAUUUAUCUACACUAUAGAUUUAAAGGUCAAAUAUGCAAUAUUUUCCCCUAAUGCUAACAACCUAACUGAUUUAAGUAUCCCAAACAAAUAUAUCUGUAGCAUAUACCAUAUGUUGGACCACUAUGACAUAUCAUCAAACUUUUUAUCAAACAAGUAUAACACUAACAUAGAAUCAUACAUCAAGUAUACAAAGGAUGAUAAUAGUAAGGGACUGUACAUAGUUUCGUGCUGCAACUAUGGAUACUUUUACGAUCUAACUAUGUGUUUCCAUAACAAAUGGUACAAUGUAAUAAAUAAGAGGAAACACAAGUUUCACAAGUGGCUGUCAGAACUGAUUUCAAAUUUGCAAUUUAAGUCGUUGAAUGGCGAAAAAAUUGGUAGAUAUAAAACACAUAUAAAAUUUUUACACCAUUUGGAUGAUAAUCUACUUGCCAACAAAAUUAAUAAUAUCCGAGAUACGAAUGUGAAAUCUUGGAUACUAAACCAUCCUACCUUUAUCUUAGAAUCUCAGCUAACAGCUAGGCAAGCAAUUGCCAGUGAUGCUAAAAUUGCAGGGACAUUAAAUGGCGAAAAGAUAUAUUAUCGCAAAGAUAUAUUGCAAUUGAAGACUAAAAUGGGCUGGCAUAGGGAGAUGAGGAAACUUAAACCCAAUCAACGUCCCUUCAAAACAAUUGAGGUCAAGAAGAAAUUGUCACAUCGAUUCUUCAACAAAGGACUAUUAGAGUUUGCAUACAAUACUCUCGAAUUAUUCAGUAUCGACCAAACCGAACCUGAACUCAUAAAAUCAUUUACAGAUUCAAUUAAUUCAUUUGGAAAUAUAGAUCUCACAGGUAAUAGGACAGUACCAAUCGAUUCCUUGCACAUAAGCGGAUUUCACCAAGAAAUUAUAAAUUUGGCUGCAAACCAUUCCAAAAUACCACACAGCCCAGCUCUAGUAUCUUUUAGAUAUGAAGGCAUUGAAAUUAAACCCAUGAUUAAUGGUAUAGUCAUUAACACUAGUGACAAAUCUAAAUUUCUAGAUUCAUAUAUAUUCGUACUGGACAAUGUAAAUAGAAAUAAUAAGGAUGUUACAAUUGAUUACUGGAAAAUAUGCUUUAAGACACUUUCAAGAUAUAAAAAGGAUAAGCCAAAACGUAUUUCAGGCAAAAAUCUGGCAAAAUUGAUAAAUGCAAAUAUGAGUGUAGACAAACACGAUAUCAUGGAACAUGAUACAUACUAA